ACCUCGAAGAGGGUGUUAUCGUUUUAAAAGCAUCUUACAUUUUUAUAAACGCUUUAAAAACAUGUUUAGAAAGUUGAAAUUAAAAAAAAAUACACCGACUUAACUAGGAUAUGUUGAUUAAUCUGCCUAAAAUAAAAAUACCUUUAUUACUGUAUAUAGUUUUUACCUCGUCCUCUCUUCUAAUAGGCAAAAACAUAUCAUAAGCAAUGCAUUUUCACAUUAACUCUACAUUUAAAAAAUAAUAACAAUCAUCACAACGAAGUAUCUCUUUAACUGAGUUGAAAAUGUGUAAUGGGAACACGAAAUACCUUCUCCUUGUGUCGCCGGGGCACUGUUUUGGUGCGGGACCCCGUUUUGACCAAGGGGAUUUCAACAAGAGUCUGAAAUGUUUUGGGUGUUUAGUUUACUUGAAAUUCCCUGACUAUAAACAGAAGAAAGAAAGAAAAAAGAAAGAAACAAAGAUUGUGUUGCAAGCAUUCAUGAAAUAAACAGAAAUUAUUUCUUUGGAAAGGGAGAGAAAGAUAAGGGAAGAAUGCAAACAAGAAAGCAGCUUGACCUCAACACGAGUGCAGAGAGGUUAAACCCGCCCGAUUCAGACAGUCCGUACAAAAGGCUCCAAUACCAAUCCAAAUUCCAACACGAGUUCAGAUGUUAACUAACACUCUGCAGGAAAACCCAGCAACCGAGAAUAGACAAUAUGAAACAAACGCAAGAUUGGAAUGGAAAUGCAGCUGCGAUUGAACUUCAUCCACAUUCAAUAAGACACAAGAAGCAGCCAGCAUGGAGUCGGGUACAACUUCACAUUGAGAUAGAAACACCUGCGUGAACGAACAAUCUGGAGCAAAUCAGUGCAAGACAUGAAAAUGGACUUUAGUGCAAAUUCAUAUUCCAAUAUGAGUUCAGAUGUGAACACACUUACUCCGGAUUUACAAAUCGGUAGUAAAAGACAAGAAGAAAUCAAUAUGGACUCAGGUACGACCUCAAAUUCAAACACAAACACUGGUGUGAAUGCUCUUACUCCAGAUUCUCAGAUCCACAACAAAACGCAACAGGAUGUGAGAACAGACUUGAAUUUGGAGUCAGAUUCCGGAAAUAAGUCUCGGAAAAGGAAACAGAGUGGGACAAAUCCCAUUGGGAAACAUGCCUUGAACACGGAAACCACAAAUCCUACUACAAUUCCCAAAAGUGGUGCCAGCACUAUCAGGAGUUUGGAAUUAGGAUCGGAUUGGGGACUCAGUUGUGAAUCGAAACGACAUGAGAGGAAGCAGCAGCUGAGGCCGGAUUUCUCAGAGACCACGGGAUCGGACCAGGGAUUAAAUGCCGCUGCAGACACCAAGUUGGUUUGUUACGGGCUUUUUUCAGAUUUAAAUUUAGAAACUGCAUCGCCACGGCGCAACACAAAACUGAACCGCGAGGGAAUGCAGAGAUCGCAACGCCCAAACCACGGAAUUAGGAACACGAAAGCCAAACUCAGUAUUGGAUUACACACAGAACAUGGAACAAGCUGUCAGGUCACAAAACAGGAACUGCGGAACGCAGCGGGGAAUCUACAAAACACGGAUUCAGAAUCAGAAUUAGACUUUGAUUCCAAACCCAGGUGUCAAAAUAAGAAACGGAAAGCCAAACGAACUAAAGAAACGCGACAAGACAUUCUGACGCGUGUUGGUUUGAACGCGGCUGGAAAUUCACAGAGCACAGAUUCAGGAUCAGAGUUAGAUUUGGAUACAAAACAAGAUACAAAACCAAAAGUGACGCAAAAGAAAAUGCAAGAAGAAAAUCGGACGCAUAUCAAUACAAAAGCAGCCAGGAAUUCACAGAAGACAGAUUCAGAAACAGAUUUAGACUUUGAUCCUGGACCCAGGUGUCAAGAUGCAAUACGAGAUACGAAACAGAAAGCGCAAAGAGGAACCAAACACAAGCAGGCCCACAAACCGGACUGCCCACAAAGCCUGCUGCCGGCACCCCCUGAAACUUCCGACCCCGAGGACCUGUACAGCGCGAGGGGGGUCCUGUUGAUUGACGCCAUGGGGGUCCCCUACACCCUGUGCAUGCGGCCGAUACUGACUCCCAAAAGCGGGGAGCUCCAGAGCGACACGGAGCUGUCGCGAGCCACCGGCAGCCCUCAGCCUACCCACAUCAAAGCCUACGUGUGCACGGUGUGUUCCAGGGCCUUCCCCUACCGCUCCUACCUGGAGAGGCACCGCAUCAGUCACCUGGAGAUGAAGCCCUAUGUGUGCACCGACUGUGGCAAGGCCUUCAAGCGCUCCUCGCACCUCGCCCGCCACCGGCACGUCCACUCCGACGCCGGCAAGCCCUUCCAGUGCACCGUCUGUCAGAAGGGGUUCCGAGAGCCGGGGGAGCUGCUCCAGCACCAGAGAGUGCACACCGGGGAGCGGCCGUACCAGUGCCAGGUGUGCCGAAUGAGGUUCACCGAGAGAACCACUCUGAGACGACACUGCCAGAGGAAACACUCCGCAGAGGAGCAGGGGCACAAAUACGAGCCCGAGGCAGGAACAGUGUCCGAUUUGACAGCCAUCUGAAAUGUCUUUAUAAUACAUAUUACACCCUGGUAUUGAUGUGAUACAGCCAUCUAACAUGUCUUCAUAAUAUAUAAUAGACCUUUUAACAAUCAAAAAAUAAAGAAAAAACUAAUAAAAAGAAAGCACAAACGAUAAUCUCAACCAACACAUCAACAAGAGGUGAAACUGCCUGAUACUGAUUUGAGUAUCACAUUUGAUUCCUUUAUUUAUUUAAUAAAACUUGUAUAGUUCAUGAGUUUAUAUGUAUUAGACAGGGAUGGAAAUACGACUCCUGUUGCAUAGCUGUUUCACCCAUUCCAGGUUUUAGUAUGUGCUUGAUUAGCUACAGUGUGUAUAGAUAACAAGCUCAGGUGUGUGUGUUAUUAAACUCAUAGUAAAACCAGAAUGGAUCAAACUGCUCUACAACAGAAGUUAAAUCCAUCUCUGUUGGAGCCCCAUUCUCCCUACAGUGUGUAUAUCUAUCUAUCUAUCUAUCUAUCUAUCUAUCUAUCUAUCUAUCUAUCUAUCUAUCUAUCUAGAUAGAUAGAUAGAUAGAUAGAUAGAUAGAUUGAUCUAUCUAUCUAUAUACACGCUUGAUAAUGUCCCACACAACCCAAAGUUAGUCCAGCACUGUAGAAAAAAGGAACAGUCUUACCAAAUGCAACACUGAAAGUGUGGAACCAGGGUAAAAGAAGAGUGCAGUCCAGCUCUUUCACUUGAACAGAAACCCCUUACAAAGCUGAAAUAAGCCGGGUUCCUCUUCUCAAGCAGGGCACGCAGUCCUCCUCCAGUGCUGAAUCCAAACAGUAGUGUAAUGAACAGAUUAAACCACUUCAGGCUGUGUAGUGAAUACAGAAAAACAUAAUCCAAACAGCUCCCUCAAACUCACAAAUAAGAGGUAAAUCUAAAAAACAAUGAGAUGAAAAAAACAAAAGGAUAGAAAGAACCCCCCCCCCCCCCCCCCCCCAAACUCUCCUAAUUGCCCCACCUUCUGAGUCUCUCCCACCUGUAGCACCUAACUCCUUAACUGUGGAUUGGCCAACAGUGGUGCAUUCAAUAAGCAGAGCUCUCUCCCCUGGACCCCCGUAUCGACGGACGCGGUCAUGCAAAGCUGUGUGAGGAGCGAGCAGUUUCAAAAUGCCAGGCAAGAUAUCACAAUGUGUUUAAUUCAUUUUUUAAAAUGUAAUUACUAGUCAGCACCGCCUAAUCGGGACACUGAUAAUCUGAAUGUCUGCUUAAAUGGGAGAUGGUUCUUCCCAGUGCUGUUUCUGUCAUUUAAUUGGGACUUCACUUUGUUUAAUUGGGAUACUGUAUUUUAAAAUGAUGAACGGAGAUCGCUUUUCAAGGUCAGCGCAGUGCAGUAAUUACGUGAUUACUCUAUGAUUUGAGUAAACCAGGUUGAACUCUUGAAGGAGCUGGAGUCUCUGUAAUUUCUCAGGCUGCUGUGGAAGGAAAUCAGGCGUGUCAACAUCCCAGGUGUCUCGCCUUGUUCAUUUAGAAAUAAAAAAAACAUUGAUUAAUUUUGUUUAGGAUUAAAAAAAUAAAAAUAAAAACUUUUAACAUUUA